AUGAAAUCCUCCAUCCUCAUUUGCAUGGCUAGCGCUGUCUCAGCAUCCAACUUCUGGCGCCUACCAUGCAGAAGCCGUACAGCUGCAGCUCGCAUAGACCCCAUCAUGGCCCCCGGCGAGCCCAACAGCCAUCUACACACCGUAUUUGGCUCGGGAGGAUUCUCCUCAAACGCCACGCCAGACGACCUCCUGCAAUCAGACUGCACCUCCUGUGCCGUCACACAAGACCGCUCCGCCUACUGGACUCCACCGCUCAUGUUCAUGUUCCCCAACGGCUCCACGACAAUGGUAAACCAAGACGGCGGCAUGCUCGUCUACUACUUCGUCUACGGCUCUGAUCCGCAACCGUUCCCGCAGGGGUUCCGAAUGGUAGCUGGCGACCAAUACCUGCGCAAUUUCACAGGCCCCGUCCCCGAUCCACCGACAUCAGAAUGGUCAGCAGACGACAAGACGCAGUUCUCGCUCUCUCAAAAAGCGUUGGGAUUUAAUUGUCUGCACUACGAUACUGGCAGCGACGAGGAUUCGUUGUACCGGCAUACGUUACCAGAUAAACAGUUCGUAGACGAGAAUUGUUCCGAUGGAUUGAGGCUAGAGCUUAUGUUCCCAUCCUGCUGGAAUGGGGUGGAUGUCGAUAGUCCCGACCAUAAGUCGCACAUGGCAUAUCCGGACCUUGUUAAGGACGGGCAAUGCCCCGAAGGGUUUGGCACGAGACUUGUCACUCUCUUUUUCGAGACAAAAUACGAUACGCAGGAUUUCAGAGGUGUGGAUGGCCAGUUCGUGCUUGCCACUGGUGAUCCGACGGGGUGCGGAUAUCAUGGCGAUUUUAUACAGGGAUGGCAACCCGAUUUUUUAAGAAGGGCAAUGAAUGAAUGCUCAAAUCCUUCGGGAGAGGUAGCGGAUUGUCCGCUGUUUACGCUGCAGAGUGAUGAGGAUGCCUCUGCGUGUCGGGCCCCGGUGCCGGAGGAGUUGUGGCAUGAGGAUCCCUUCUUCAAUGGAGAUGGGUUGUUGGGUGAUGUGCCUAUUCAGCAGGGUCCGGAACAGGCUGCGCCUUAUGGAGUUGAGUUGGGUCUGAUGGAUCAUUUACCUGUGCCGUUGCCAUUGCCUAGUAUUGGUGUCGUUGGCACGGUCGAAGAUGGUGUUUCUCGUGUUGUUGAUAGUCUCAUACCAACAGCUACGCCGUCGCGAACUCGUUUUGAACCAGAGGCGAAAAGGUGCGAUAUGGACAUGGGCACUGUAUACGAAACAGUUACAGUCCAAGUCACGCAUUCACCUGCCUCUUCUUCGGCCAGCGCAUUGCGCAAGCGUGGCCACGGACAUCGUGACCACCACGAUCGGCGACAAGCCCGAUAG